UUUCAAAACUGCAAUCAGAAACCAUUUGUGUUUCUAAUCAUUUUUAGCAGAAAGUUGCAAUGGCAACCGAGCGAUCAAGCUCAGUCAUCCUCCUCUCUGUUCUUGUACUUGCUUUGGUCCUCUCUCCAAUCCUUCCAUGUCAGGCAGCUCAAGCGCAUCUAGAUGUUGAAGGGCGUAUGCUGCUCCUGCUGCAAGCAUCACAAGUACCAUCCCCGUCCCCGGCACCAAUUCGCUUCUGUCCUGCGUGUGCGUGUUGUGCACCGGCUCCACCAGGUGCUUGCUGCCCAUGUCGAUGCACUAAUGAUCCGUAAAAGUUCAGUUUGAUUUCAUCUAAUAGCUUUUGAUGUGUUUGAUAUAUCUAUAUAUUUUAUAUUUACAUGUGAAUAAGCCAUCAAAAUAUUAGGCUCUGUUUGUAAUAUGUACCUUUUGUUUAUUAUAUGAUAUAUCCUCUGAUUCGGAAACAGAA